UUCCCGGCCCGGCUCUUCCCGGAUCCUGCCCGGGCCCGUCCCUCCGCUCCAGGAAUGGCUCCCGAUGGACCCGGAGCCUUCGGCCUCAUCCCCCUCAUCCCCCUCCUCCUCCUCCUCCUCCUCGGCGGAUCCCAGGCUCAGGGAACCGGGAAUGGCAGCCAGGAGCUUCCCGAGGAGGACGAGUCGCGGAUCAUCGGGGGCCGGCCGUGCUCGGUGGCCCAGCGCCCGUUCCAGGUGGCCCUGACCAAGGGGGGGCAGAUCCUGUGCGGGGGGAGCCUGGUGAGCGCCCGCUGGGUGCUGACAGCCGCGCACUGCCGGCAGCCAAUCAGGGACCUGCAGGUGUUGAUCGGCACCAGCUCUCUGCGGGCGGGUUCUGGCCAGGUGCGCCGCGUCUCGCGCGUCCAGGUGCACCCCAGGUACGACCCCCGGCGCAACGACAACGACUUCAUGCUGCUGCGGCUGGACGCGCCUGUGCGCUUCGGGCCCCACGUCAAGAGGAUCCGCCCGGCCACCAGGUGUCCCCGCGCCGGCCACACCUGCACCAUCAGCGGCUGGGGCACCACCAAGUCACCUGGAGCCAAGCUCCCGCGGGACCUGCAGUGUGCGCAGGUGCAGACGGUGGGGCCGGAGCAGUGCGCCCGCGCCUACGGCAGCGCCAUCACCCGCAACAUGUUCUGCGCAGUGCUGCUGCUGCUGCUGGCUACUGCGUUGGCGGGGGCGGAGCAGAACCGCAUCGUGGGCGGGGCCGGCUGCGAGCGGCGGCUGCACCCGUACCAAGCGCUGCUGCUGCAGCCAGGGGGCGCCAUCCACUGCGGGGGCGUGCUCGUGGGGGCCAGGUGGGUGCUGAGCGCCGCCCACUGCCACACGGACAGCCCCCUGCAGGUGUUGCUGGGGGAGCACAACCGGCGCGAGCGGGAGGGGGCGGAGCAAUGCCUCACCUGGGACCGCGCCUUCGUCCACCCGCGUUACCUGCCCGGCCGCCAUGACAGUGACGUCAUGCUGCUGCGCCUGCGCGGCCCCGCCCACCUGAGCGAGCGCGUGCGGCCGGUGGCGCUGCCCCGCAGGUGUCCCCAGGUAGGGGACAGGUGUGUGGUGUCCGGGUGGGGCAGCACCCGCAGCCCGCAAGGUGAGACAGGUGCAUUCCCGGACGUGCUGCAGUGCGGGGAGGUGUUCACCUGGUCCAACGCCGCCUGUGCUCACCUGUACCCAGGUGCCAUCACUCCCAACAUGCUCUGCGCCGGCGGCGACGGCAACGGCACCGACUCCUGCCAGGGUGACUCCGGGGGCCCGCUGGUGUGCGGGGGUUACCUGCAGGGCGUGGUCUCCUGGGGGCUGCAGGUGUGCGGCCAGCAGGGCAAGCCAGGUGUGUACAGCCGCGUCUGCGCCUUCACCACCUGGAUCCGCCGCACCAUCCGCGCCAACGGCGGCGACUGACGCACCUGGGCGCGCCUGGGGACACACCCGGGGGCACCUGGGUGUACCUGGGGACACCUGGGGGCACCUGGGGACACCUGGGGGCAUCUGGGUGUACCUGGAGGCACCUGGAGAGCACCUGGGUGUACCUGGGGGUACCUGGAGAGCACCUGGGGAGCACCUGGGGGUACCUGGGAACACCUGGAGAGCACCUGGAGAGCACCUGGGGAUUCCCAGGCACACCUGGGGACACCUGGAGAGCACCCAGGGACACCUGGGGACACCUGGAGAGCACCCAGGGACA